AUGCCUCCCAGCCAUCAAGAUAUGUACGGUUUUCACUACCAGGGCCAGGAAGAAACCUCCCAGCCAUCAAGACUACACCUGGCACCUCCUGGACCCGCCAAGCAGUGCCAGGUACCUAGCAAAGGGUACCAACAAAAAAUCUCUAACCUGAAUAUAAACCAAACAACCAACAACUUUUCCCCAGCACUUUCCCAACACCUCUUAGCCAGUUUUUCUGAGAGCUUUCAGACUAUUUUCUUCCCUCCUGAAGUUCCCCUCGGCUUGGAAAUAAGUAUCAUACCAGACUAUCAGGUACUUCCAAAUACCCCUGUACCCCUGUAA